UGAUACGUUGUGAGCACGUAUACAUUUACCCUAUACACCAACAAUUACGCCACCUAUACGGCAAGAGUGCAGAAGGUUUUGUUUCGUUGAAAUUUCUGUCAACCAAUUUAUUGCGAUGUCGAUGAUGUUGCCGACAAAAAUUUAUUCUCUGACGCGGAUUGCUCCCAGGAUAUUGAGCAUACAAGCUCGCAAUAAAUACUAUUAUGUCAAUAAAGAUGAAGGCCAAAAAUGGGGUGACAUUGCAUCGCGGGCUGUGAAUACAAUGUUUUUGCAAGAAUUGUUUCGUGGAAUGGGUGUAGCUUUGGCUCAUUUCUUUAAAGAACCAGCAACGAUCAAUUAUCCUUUUGAAAAAGGACCAUUAAGUCCUAGAUUUCGAGGAGAGCACGCUUUAAGAAGAUAUCCAUCUGGUGAGGAAAGAUGCAUUGCUUGCAAACUAUGUGAAGCUAUUUGCCCUGCACAAGCUAUUACUAUUGAAGCUGAAGAAAGAGCUGAUGGUUCCAGGCGAACAACUAGAUAUGAUAUUGACAUGACAAAAUGUAUCUACUGUGGAUUUUGUCAAGAAGCUUGCCCUGUGGAUGCCAUAGUCGAAGGGCCCAACUUUGAGUUUUCAACAGAGACACACGAGGAAAUGUUGUACAACAAGGAGAAGUUAUUAAAUAAUGGAGAUAAGUGGGAAUCUGAAAUAGCUUCAAAUCUACACGCAGAUCAUCUGUAUCGUUAAAAUAAAUUUAAUGGAAAGUCAAAAUGAUAUCUAAGUUUUUUUUUAAACAAAUCGGAAUUAGAUUCCAUAGUGUAAAAUAGAAACUCUAAAUUGUUAUAAUAAUAAUAAUUUAUAAAAAUAUUUCGUUUAAAUAAUCAUGUUUAAGAUUUUUAUUAGUAUAGCCUUUAAUGUUAUUAUCGUUUCAUUUUUUACGACUAAUUAAUAAUAAAAUGAAAGGACAAUGAUAAAAGAAACUCAGAAUUAAAAAAAA